AUGGCAGCUGAGCUUGGUCUUCUCUCUCUGACCCAGCUUCAAAAAUUGGCUCAAUCUCAACAAAAGCAGAUAAAUCUACUAAACCCUAGCUCAACCAGUGGCUCUUGGAUGUGGAACCCUACGCAAGCGGCUGAAGAUGACAACGAUGACUCAUGGGAAGUCAGAGCCUUUGCAGAAGACGCCGCUAACAUCGAGGGCACCACUUGGCCGCCACGAUCUUACACUUGCACAUUUUGCAGAAGGGAAUUCCGGUCCGCCCAAGCCCUAGGCGGCCACAUGAAUGUGCACCGCCGUGACCGUGCUCGGCUCCACCAAACGCCGCCCGGAUCCACCACUUCUCCUUCUGCCGCUUCUUCCACCCUCCUCAUCCCAAAUCAGAAAACUCUCACAAAUGGUGGAAUAUGCUUUCUUUACUCGUUACCAAACCCUAAUGGCCUCUUCACUCCCACAAUCAUGACUGGUUUGAUGGACCCUCCAUCCACUGCUCUUUCUAUUUCACCACACACUUCUAAGAACUUGUCCCUACCAUGCCCUCCAUGCAUAGAUCUUCCGGCCACUCGUCACAGCAUCAAUUCCUCUCUCUGUCACUCUAGCAAAACUGAACCUUCAACUUCAUUCACUAACGAUAGCAAGCAUGACAAUGGCAACACCCAGAUGGAUUUGGCCAUUGAAGAGCUUGAUCUAGAGCUUCGUCUAGGGCGCCGGUCAUCACCAUCGCGACAGACGAAGAAAUAAAUAGUAUGUGUGAACUUUUUCUGCUUUUCUCUAUAAGAAUGAGUGCCAGUCUAGUUCAUGGACUGAUGUGUGAGUUUGUUUUUUCUUCUCUAUACAUGGUGUUUGAUUAUUUCAUUGGUGUGUGGUUUGAAGCUGUAAUGGCUGAAAAUGGAAGGCAAAGAAAGCAUCUUUUAAAUUUAAAGGAAUGGAAGGAUUUAAGUUUAAUAAGGGUAAUGAAGAAAGGAGUUAGUGUUGGGAGUGAGAAAGUG